AUGGAGUACAUGCCGCACAUUGCGAGCGACGACGACGUGAGCAAUUUUCUGGACCACUACACGAAGGAGUCGGUGACCGACAGCUGCGCCAGCACUUUGGAGCACUCGUCGCCGUCGAUUUCGUCGGACGCGUCGCAGCUCUCGUCGUGGGACGUCUCGACCGACAGCAGCACGGCCGCGCGCUUCUCGGGCUUUUCGUUUGUGGCCGCCACGACCUGCAACGAGGCCGGGUUUUAG